GCAAACACAAACAGGUGAAACGAUCGGAUUCACUUAAAUAUUCCAGCACAGAGCAGGAAACAAACCUUCAUCCAUUUCCAGCAGAGCAUCCUGAAAGUGUCUUUACUCAAAUACUACAUAGCCCUGAUCGAUGUCAGCAGACUGCAACACAGUGGAAAACAUUCACUUCAAAGGACUUCCAGAAAAUGGAAUCAAGAAUGAGGAAGAGACGACAGAGCAGAGAACUUCCUCCUACGUUUUCGAGCCUUUUAAAGACACUUCCUGAAUCUGCAUCUUCAUUCAUCAAAACGUUUAAAAGGAAGAGACUGCGUUUGAGACGGGCCAUGUGGAGGCUGCAGAGAAUGGCUGCAGAGGCCAGACUGAUGGAGGAGAAGUCAAAGAAGCUCAGGGUGGUGGUACUGGUUUCUGCAGCAGGGGGCGCUGCAGCUCUGUUCACUGGAAGUUUCAGUCUCAGUCUGCUGGGAGCACUGGUUCUCUGCGUUUCUGGAGUUGUUACUGCUGCUGGUUACAUUAAAAAACACUUUACACAGCAGGAAGGAAGUAGGAAGGAUGUGAAGACAUUCCUGAGGAUUGUGGAAGAACUGCACAGAGAGCUGGAAGAAAUAAAGAAGUUGUGUGAAGACCUGCAGAGAGAAUCAGUGGGAGCUGAAACAGGAAACAUUCAAACACUGAGAGACGAUAUCGAUGAACUGCUGAACAGCAGUGCUAAACUCAAACUCUUCACAGGUUUAGACUCUGUCACAGAGCUGUGUGAUCACUGUGAGAGAGCUGUCAGAGAGUUUGAGCAGAUGAAGAGAAGACUCAGAGACUUCAGAGGAAGCUCAGACACAGAAAUGCAGGAGAACAGCUGGAGAACUUUAAGAAGCUGCUCUGAGAAAGACCAGCAGAGGCAACGAGAGCCGUCUGAGCUCUGAGCUCACAGCCAGGCAACAAGAACAACACACACAGAUCUGCUGCGUAUGGAGAUCAAACAACACACUCAUGGUGCUGAUACGUAUGAGUGGAGCAAAAGUCUGGUUCAGUGAUACAUAGACUUCACAUCGGUUUACAUUGUUCUUGAAUAUACGUUACAUACAUAAAUAAGAAUAUAUUUGUGUAUGAAAGAACAAUGAACUCAGAAACAAUACAGAAAGCAUGUGUGUAAAGCUGUGACAGGGUCAUGUUUCCACUGUUUGUUUCAUUAUCAUCUUCUUCUUUUAGUUUACACGUUGCGUGUGUGUCGUUUAGCCUAAAAUGACUUUAUUCAUGAA